ACAGGGGUAGAGUUGUGAGGCAGAGGGCAGUAUGUGAGGCGGGGGGCGUUUUCUGUUUCGCAGGAGGCUCUUUAAAGGGGGAAGUGUGUAAAGUAGGAGACAGAAGAUGGUAAAAUAUAGAAAUGUCCUUGUAAGAUAGCCUUGCGAUUUAAUGGGAGGUUUUAAGGCAGAGGGUUAUUAUAGAGCAUUGUGGAGUGGUGGAAGUCCCUGCCAUCAGUUAAACCUUUGAUUUGGGUGGAGGGCAGGUGCAGAACAAUAUUGAGAACUCCAAGGAUGAGGGUGUGCUUUGAUGAGGUGUGAAAGCUUAUGAUACACGUAGCGUUUACUGAAGGCUUACUAUGUGCCAGGCACCUACCAAGUGUAUUAUGUGAAUUAACUCUUAAACUUCUUAACCCUACCGGUGGCUAAGAGUGUGGGCUCUGGCGUUGUGUUGCCUGAGCGAGAAUGCUGGCUUUGCCACUGGCUUUGCCACUGGGUGAGUUGUUUAACCCUCUGUGCCUCAGCUUCAUCAUCAGUAGAAUCACUUCCUCUCUUCUCAGUCUGUACCAUUCACCUUGUGGCCUCACCCAGUCUCCUGGCUUCAUAUGCUCUUUAUGUAAUGAUAUUUCCAAGAGUCUAUCUCCAGUCGGGAUAUCUACUCUGAACUCAAGACUCAUAUGUCCAAUGGCUGGCCCUUCUCUACUUGGAAGUCCAGCUGACAUACAGACUUUAAAAACUUGUCCCAAACUAAACUUGGCGUUUUCCCCCUUCAACCUCCAAACCCAGUUGAUGGCAGUCCCGUCCUUCCAGGUACUCAGGACAGAAAUCUUGGAGUUGUCGUUAACUCCUCCCUGUUCUUUCACCCACAUACUGUCAAUCAGCAAAUCUCACAGGCCUGCCUUCAAAACACAUCCAGAAUCCAGCCGUGUCUCACCACCUCCCUUGCUACUGCUCUGGCCUAAGCCAUCACCUGUCCUUACCUGAUGUUUUGCAGUGGGCUCCUCACUGGGUCCCAUGCCUCUGCCCUUGACCCUGCGGUCAAGUUAAUACAGAAGUGAGAUCAUGUUGCUCCCCUGUUCAGACCCUCCCAUGGCUCCCAUCUCACGCAGUAAAAGCCUUUGUCAAGCCUACAAGGCCCCACCUGAUCCAGCUCCCCGCCCCCCCGCCGCUCUCAAAUCCCACCAAUCCCACUUACUCUGCUUCAGCCACCCUGGCCCCCUUGCUGUCCCUCAAUCAUAGCAAAUACAUCCCCACUUGGGGAAUGUACUUGCUGUCCCCUCUGUCUGCAUUGAGUUCCCCCAGAUGCCUUUGUGGCAUCUCCUUCAAGUCUCUGUUCAAAUGUCAACUCCACAGACAGGCCCUCGCUGACCACCCAAACUAAAAUAGCUCCUGCCAUCCUCUGGCCCUUCACCACCUGGCUUUACUUUUCUUCAUAAGGUUUACCAUUACCUGACAUAUGUUAGUGUUUGUUUAUAUCCACUGGGCUUCUUAGACGCCCCUCACUAGAGUGUUGGCUUCAAGUGGAUCUAGAACUCAGCACCUAGAAACGCACAUAGUGCUUAAAAGGUGUUAGUUGUACUGUUCCACCAUUACCACCGUUUCGUGGGGGGUCUCCCUGUGAUAUAGGGCAGGGUUGUUGAGCUGGGAGGGUGUUGGGGUCUAGAUGGGAUCAUAAACUGGGCAGAUUGUGGUGGCCACAGGCAGAAGAUCUCAGCUCUAGUUCGUGCUGGGGGAGCUUAUAGGAAAUGCAGAUUCCUGGGCCCACCUCCAGGAAUUCUGCUUCUGUAGGUUUGGGACCAGGCCCAGGAUGAUGCAUUGUCAUCAGGCUCCUGUGUUGAUGCUGAAGGUCUGCGGCCCUCACUUUGAAAAACAGGUCAGUUCAGAGCUUGGGCUGGAACUCUCAUCAUUCAACUCCUCUUCUGUGGCUGGCCCAGUGCUAGGCCAUGUUGGGGACUCUGCAGUGAUCGAGGCAGCCCUUUACCCAGCCUGGGAGUCAGGGAGGGCUUCCUGCAGGAGGAGACAUUGGAGCUGAGACUUGGAGGAUGACAAGGAGUGAGCUGAGAAGACCUUGCUUGUAUCUCCAGUGCCUUGAACCCUGCCUCCUGGCAUCGAUCAUUAAUUCACAAGCAGCCCCCGAUCUGUGCCAGGCCCCGGGUGCUGAAGAUACAAGAACGAUCAAAAUGGCUGUGCCCUCAUGAGCUUCUGGUCUGGCAACUAGUCAUCAGCUAGUUGCACAGAUGGUAACGGUUGACCAAGUGCCAGGCUCUGUUUGAAGCACCUUGUAUGUAUUGACUAAUUCAAUCCCCACAAUAAUCCUAUGUGAGGUGGGAACUCUUAUUAUCCCCGCUUUACUGAUGGGGAAAGGCCCAGAGAGGGUAAAUGCCUUGCCGGGGGUCACAUCGUGGGUUAGCAUCUGAACCCAGGAGUCCCCAGCCUGCAGCGUGUACCAUGCUUAAGGUGUGAGCCCACAUUUGGAUUUGUGCUGGAAGGAAGAGAGUUAUGGCAGGAAAAGGAAGGUAGUCAGGGAAAGGCAGCUGAGUAAGGAGUAGGGGGAUGAAUGUGCCAGUCCCUCGCGGUAGGAUUCGAGGCAAGAUGCUUCAUCCUCUGUAAAAUGGGGGAUGGUUACAAUACCUACCAGAGAGCAGAGUUAAGGGUGAGUCACUGGUUGGUAGGUGUGCCUAGUCCUUAUCUAAGGCAAAAAGCAUUUGAGGGACACUGGGGGAGGGUGUCUGAUAUCCAGGGGGUGGUGAUGGGCUGCGGUGGGCACUAUGGGGGUCUGGAUUGUGGGGUGUCCUAAAAGGCUUUGGGGUCCAUAUAUUCCAGGGGGAUAAUGUGGAAGGUUUUGAUCUGGAGUGCAGGGCUAAGGGGAAGGGGGUUCCAUCCAGCCCCAAUUCACCCACAUGGUGGGGGGCGGGGCAGUGAGCUGGGGGCUCGGAAGAGUCACUGAGGCCAGGCCACGUGUAUGAAGGUGAAAUGGGGGGUACGCUGUAUUGGAGACUCCAGCUAGGUCAUGGCUGGCGGGAAUAUUUGGUGUGGGGCGUGGUGGUGGCAGAUGGUGGGAAAACAACCAUCGGGUAGGGGCUGCCAGGGGCGGUGAUUUACCCAUGUCUGGUGUAGGACAUGGUGAUGUGGACUUGUUUUGGGGGAGCCCAGCGUGGAGGACUGUCAACUCCGGUCCUGGGGUGAGGGCUGUGAAAUCUGAAAUAUCCGGGGAACAUAAUUCGGGAGGAGGAGCCAGGGGCGGUGGUGUCACACUGGAAAUGGAGAGGGGGUCACCUUAGUGAAAGAUGAGAGGGCUGGGGGUUGGAAAACUGAGUGUGUGUACACGCGCGUGUGCACUGAAGCCAUGAUGUCAUAAGGCCGGAGAAAUGGUGUCAGGUGUGAGGACCAGAGUGGGGCGCUGGGGAGUCCAGCCGGAGUGCACUAGGUGGAAGUGCUGACGUCGCGGGUUGGUAGGGGCGGGGCCUCAAAGGCACAGCACCCCGGCUGGGUUGCAGAGGUCACUAAGCUGAGGCGAAGAGGAGCUGGGAGAGACGUGAGACUGGAACAAAACCAGCGACCAGGAUGGGCCACUGGUCGGCGGUCACGGGCCACUGGUUGGAGUCACAGAGCAAGGAUGGAGGAUGCAGCGACACUGGCCAUGGACCAGCCAGCUGGCCUGCAGGUGGACUACGUCUUCCGGGGUGUGGAGCAUGCCGUGCGGGUGAUGGUGUCUGGGCAGGUGCUAGAGCUGGAGGUGGAGGACCGGAUGACGGCCGACCAGUGGCGGGCCGAAUUCGAUGCCAGCUUCAUCGAAGAUUUGACUCACAAGACAGGGAACUUCAAACAGUUCAACAUCUUCUGUAACAUGCUGGAGUCGGCCCUCACCCAGAGCAGUGAGUCGGUUACCCUUGACCUGCUGACCUACACAGAUCUGGAGUCCCUGCGGAACCGAAAGAUGGGGGGCCGCCCAGGCCCCUUGGCCUCAAGAUCGGCCCAGCUCAACUCCAAGCGCUACCUGAUCCUCAUCUACUCUGUGGAGUUUGACAGGAUUCACUACCCGCUGCCCCUCCCGUACCAGGGCAAACCAGACCCUGUGGUCCUGCGGGGCAUCAUUCGCUCACUAAAGGAGGAGCUGAGCCGCCUUCGAGGGCUGGAUGGCCAGGACACUCGGGACAGCCGGGAAACUGAGAUCUGGCAUCUGCGGGAGCAGGUGUCGCGCUUGUCGGCUGAGAAGCGCGAGCUGGAGGCCCAGCUGGGCAGAUCGCGCGAGGAGGCGCUGGCCGGGCGGGCGGCGCGCCAGGAGGUCGAGGCGCUGCGCGGGCUCGUGCGCGGCCUGGAGCUGGAGCUGCGGCAGGAGCGCGGCCUCGGGCACCGCGGGUCCGGCCGCCGAAGCCAGGAUUGCCGCCGCCUGGCCAAGGAGCUAGAGGAGGUGAAGGCGUCGGAGCGGAGCCUGCGUGCCCGGCUGAAGACGCUGAACACCGAGCUGGCCAUGUACAAGAGGGGGAGACGGACUACACCGGUGGUGCCGCCCUCGGCCCGGGAAGAUCGGGCUUCGACGUCUCGGGAGCGCUCCACGUCGCGUGGCCGUGGCGCUGCCCGCUCCUCAUCCCGGGAGAGCGACCGCGGGGGCCGGGGUCAAGGCCGCCCUGGCCGCCCCUCGCCCUCGCCCACAGGUGGUCGCGUGCCCCGUUUCGACCCAACAGCCUUUGUGAAAGCCAAGGAGAAGAAGCAGAGAGCGAUCAAGAUGAAGCAGCAGCAGCAGCGAAACCGAUUGGGCAGCGGAGGAAGCGGGGACCGUCCAUCCACCUCCUGGUCUCGCCAAACUCGGCCCCCCGCAGCCGUGACCGGUCGAGGAGACGCGGCUAACCGCUCCCGAAACCGCAGCUCCUCGGUGGACAGUUUCCGCAGCCGCUACUCGUCCGCCAGCUCCUGCAGCGAGUUCGAGGAUUUCUCUGAAUCCCUCCCUAGAGGCGUUCGUCGCCGGGGGAAGCCGCCCAGCCCCACCACUUGGAGGGGGUCCAAUACGCAGCAGAAGCCUAGCCCCCUGGAACGCGGCCGCCAUCAGAGACGCCUGGCGGACUCGGGGGGCUGGGUCCCCAUCAAAGAGUACAGCUCGGACCACCAGGCAGCUGACAUGGCCGAAAUCGACGCCCGCCUGAAGGCCUUGCAGGAAUACAUGAACAGACUGGACGUGCACUCGUGACCUCAGAGAGAGACUACUGCCCCUCCAAUGGAUUCGGAUGGAUUCGGCGUGAGGGGUGGGGCUGGUGUGUCCUGGCCCCGCCCAGGCCCCGCUCCUCCUGGUGCUGUUGGGGUCUCAGGUGUGUGAGGCCCCAAUCCCUACGUCUCCCGCAGGCAUUGCAUUCUGGGAGGGAGGGUAAGUGUGUUUUGUAAAUAAACAUAUGUGCCCUUGGGA